AUGGCAACUGAAACCCAAUCAACACUCGGCGUUAACCGCAUUGUUUAUGCCAAGACGCUAGAGGCACUUGCCCAUGCCACCGACCAUGCAAGGAAUAUCCUCAACGCUGACCACCAUUGGUGUGGUUGGAUGCUGUCAAAUGCGACGGUAACUGCAGAAUGGGUGUUCCUCCAGCAAUGCCUUGGUCGGGCGAUCAGCGAAAGCGACCGUGAAGCUUUCACGCGCCACUUUUUGAACUCGCAGCGAUUGGACGGUUCCUGGGCCAUCGCGCAGCAGCAAACUACUAAAGGGGACAUCUCUACGACACUCGAAACCUACCUCGCCUUAAAAAUUCUCGGUGUCUCUCCAGAAUCCGAAACUUUAACCCGAGCCCGAAACUUUAUCAUCAACAAUGGGGGCGCGGAAAAAAUGCGUAUGCUAAGCAGGUUUUAUUUGGCUCUGUUUGGUUUGUUGCCAUGGAAAGCCCUGCCUCAAAUGCCUCCGGAACUUAUCUACCUACCUCCGUGGUUCCCUAUCAACAUUUACAAAUUUGCUUCCUGGGCCCGCUGCAACAUUAUUCCGCUUACGAUAUUGAGGGUCCAUCAACCGGUAUACGCUCUUCCUAACGGAUUACAUAUGGAAAACAACUAUAUCGACGAGCUAUGGGUAGACCUUUCUGCCAAAUCGGGGCUUUCAUUCACCAAGCCUUACCUGAUCCUCGCUCUGACCUCGCCGCUAGGUUUAUUUUUCCAGCUCGGCGAAUUGUUUCUUUGGAUUGCAACGAAGCUACGCCUCUGGCUAUGGCGGCGUCAAGCGAUCUCGGCGUGCGUAUCCUGGAUAUUGACUCGGCAAGAGACGUCGGGAGAUUGGGCCGGCAUUUAUCCGCCCAUGCACCUCAAUAUACUCGCCCUCCUCUUGGAGGGUUUCUCUCAAACUCAUCCCGUAAUCCAGGGUGGUCUUGCUGCCUGCGAAAGGUUUUUGUGCGAGCAUCCUAAGCACGGAAAAUGGAUGCAAGCCAGCAUAUCCCCAGUGUGGGACACAUUUUUGAUGGUUAGGGCGCUUAGCGACACCCGUGAAGCUAUGACUCCAGGCCAGCAUGGCGCGCAAGAAAAUAAAGACGAUGUUGCGCAGCUGCUGAUCAGGCCAGUGGCCUGGCUUAUGGAGCAGCAAAUUAAUGACGAUGCUGUCGGCGACUGGCGGAUUUACAGACCUGGAAUCCCUGCUGGUGGAUUCGCCUUCGAGUACUUCAACCGUUGGUACCCCGACGUUGACGACACCGCCGUUGGUAUUGUCGCCCUCCUGCGUUUGCCUGACGUUGCAGCGCAGCUCGUUAACAGCCAGAGGAUUUUGGCCGCCGCCGCCUGGGUGAUGGGCAUGCAGAACAAACGAGGGGGGUGGGCGGCUUUCGACGCUGAUAACAAUGCACACUACCUCCACGCCACGCCUUUUUCUGAUAUGGAAAGUCUUUGCGAUGAUUCCACCCCGGACGUUACGGGUCACGUCCUCGAAAUGUUUGGCCUAAUGUACCUUUUAAACAGGCUAGGCAAAGUUCACGACCCAGAAGUUAAGGCAUUCCUGAAACACUCUCGCCAUGCCUGCAUCAGGGGAAUCGAGUACCUAGUCGACUCGCAGGAAACAUUUGGUGGUUGGUACGGCCGAUGGGGUGUCAAUUAUAUCUUUGGCACUAACGCUGUGCUCGUGGGCCUCGCAUACUUUGUGGACCCAGAAAGUGACGAGUACCAUGGCAAGGAAUCCCUUAGGAACGUCUUAACGGCGGGUAUCGACUGGCUUCGAUCGAGACAGAACACCGACGGGGGCUGGGGCGAGUGCGUCGAGUCAUACACCGAUAAACGGCUCGCCGGUUACGGCAAGUCGACACCAUCGCAGACAGCCUGGGCCCUUCUGGGCCUUUUGGAGUUUGUGGAUCCCAGAGAUAGCAUGAUCCAGGCUGGGGUGGACUGGCUUCUUCAGCGCCAAGUGAGCACUGACAACGACGAACUAAAGUCCUGUUGCGAUACAGGAACUUGGUACGAGCCCGAGUACACGGCGACAGGGUUCCCUGGUCAUUUUUAUUUGAGAUACGAACUUUACAGUCACUACUUUCCUAUGACGGCGCUGGCCAGGCAUGCAAGCUUACUUCGACAGGUCUUGGAGGAACUUAAUGUUGCGAAAGCUAGUGGGUAG